AUGAGGUCUGCGUCCGGAUUUGCGAAUCUGCUAGGACGAAGCCGCGAUCAUGGAGAAAACGCUAGUACUUCUGCUGUUCCCUCGUCUACUAGUAGUGUUAAAAAGAAAAGCGUAACAAGCGAUAAGGCCUCGUCCGUACAGGGUUUACGACCAGAAACGCAAAAUUCCCAGGGUCUGACCCCACUUGACGUAGCAAUUCUGCACCAUGCG